CCAGCAAGGCAAGGGAGGCCAAGGGACUGGCUCCUCCCCUUGCUGCCUCCCAACUUUACUCUGCAGCUAUCAGGAUGAGGCCCCCAAUCUUGUUUGCUGCCCUGCUCUGGCUCCGGGAUUUUCUGGCAGAGGAGGAAGCAUGCCCCUCCCUGGAAGGGAGUCCAGGCAGGGAGAGUGCAGGCCCACCCCUGAACGUGAACAUCACCAGCCAGGGGAGACCUACUAGCCUCUUUCUGAGCUGGGCAGCCUGGGAGCCAGGCGGAUUCACCCAUGCCCUCUGCCUCACACGUCUGAGCCCCCUCAGCUCUCCUGAAGGGCAGCAGCUCCAGGCCCACACCAAUGCAUCCAGCUUUAAGUUCCAAGAUCUGGUGCCAGGGAGUCGCUACCAGCUGGAAGUGACUGCCCUGCAACCCUGUGGGCAGAAUGUCACCAUCACCCUCACUGCUCGCACUGUAUGAGCCCCGUCAACUGUCCACGGACUGCAGCUCUACAGCCCCGGGAGCCCAUCCAGCCUGGAGGCCUCAUGGGGUGAUGCCCCCGGGGAGCAGGAUGGCUACCGCCUUCUCCUCUACCACCUAGAAUCCCAGACAUUGGCACAUAAUAUCUCCAUGCCCCUGGGCACCAUGUCCUACAAUUUUGGCAACCUCUUGCCAGGUAUUGAGUAUAUUUUGGAAGUAAACACCUGGACUGGCAACCUCCAAGCAAAAACCAGCCUCCGUCAGUAGACAGCCCCUGUGUCUCCAGAUCACCUGGUACUGCAUACCCUGGGCACCAGUGCCUUGCAAGCCUUCUGGAACGGCUCUAAGGGGGUUGCCUGGCUCCACUUGGUGCUCACAGACCUCCUAGGUGGCACCAAUCUGACUGCAGUAUUCAGACGGGGAGUCUCCCAUCACACCUUCCUUCACCUGUCUCAGGGCACCCCCUAUGAGCUGACGCUCAGUGCUGCUGCCGGGCCCCAUCAGGCAGUGGGGCCCAAUGCCACAGAGUGGACCUAUCCCUCUGCCCCCCUCGACCGUUUGACUCUCCUGCCCGCCAAGCUCUGGGCAAGCUGAAAGGUAGGGCCAGGUGCGCGGGAUGGCUUCCUGCUGAAGUUAAGUGGGCCAGUGGAGAAGAAUAUCACUCUGGGCCCUGAGGCCCACAAUGUCACAUUCCCAGGGCCCCUGCCCACUGGGCACUAUGCUCUGGAGCUGAAGGUCCUAGCGGGGCCACAUGACGCCUGGGCCCAGGCCAGUGCCUGGCUGGAUGAUUCCGCAGCCAAGUCCAGACAAGGCAGUGGUGCCAAGUGGCAGCCGGACAGGCUGGAGGCCUUCAAGGAGCCCGGGAGACGGGCCCUGCUCUACACAGAGGGAAACCCGGGCCUCCUUGGAAACAUCUCUGUGCCACCUGGUGCCACCCACAUCACCUUCUAUGGGCCGGUGCCUGGGGCCCGCUACUGUGCGGACAUUGCCUCAUCUCUGGGAAUCAUCACCCAGAGCCUCAUGGGCCACAAAAGUCCCCUGGCACCACAGUCCCUGGAGGUUAUCAGCAGGGAUGGCCUCUCUGACCUGGCCAUUGGCUGGGCCCCAGCACCAGGACAGUGGGAAGGCUACAGGGUCGCUUGGCACCAGGAGGGCAGCCAGAGGUCACCGGGCAGUCUUGUUGACUUGGGCCUGGACAAUUCCAGCCUGACUCUGAGGAGUCUGGUGCCGGGCUCCUGCUAUGCCAUGUCAGUGUGGGCCUGGGCGGAGAACCUUGGCUCCAGCGUCCAGAAGAUCCACCCCUGUACUUUCCCUGCUCCUCCUGCCAACUUGAGCCUAAACCUUGCCACCCAGCCUCCUGCCCUGAGGGCUUCCUGGAGUCCCCCACCAGUGGGGAGGGAUGGCUUCCAGGUGCAGCUUUAUAGCCUGAGGCCUCUGACUCUGGAAAGGGAGGAGACUCUGGCUGCAGAGGUCCAGAACUUCUCCUGGGCCUAGCUGUCACCAGGCACCGAGUUCCUGGUGCAGCUGGCCACCCUGCGGGGGCUGGAUCAGAGCAGCAGCACCAACGCCACAGGCUGGACACGCCCGCUUACCCCUCCUCCGGUAAAUGUGACGAGUGAAGGUCCCACCCAGCUCUGGGCAUCCUGGGUCCAUGCCCCCAGGGGCCGAGAUAGCUACCCGGUGACCCUGUACCAGGCAGGCACCAGCACCAUCGGAGCCAAGGUGGCCAGCACAAGCUUUUCGAGUCUGACUCCAGGCAUGAAGUACAAGGUGGAGGUUGUCACGCAGGCUGGGCCCCACCACAUUGCAGCAGCCAACACCUCUGGCUGGACCCCCCUGCACACACCCAGUGAGUUGGUGUCCAUGCAUGCGAGCACUGCUGUGGUCAACCUGGCCUGAGCCAGCGGCCCCUUGGGGCAGGGGAUGUGCUACACCCAACUCUCAGUGGCAGGGCACCUCUCCUGGGAGCACCCCCUGGUGCCAGGCCAAGCCCAUCUCAUCCUGAGGGGCCUCACACCUGGUUGCAGCCUCUCCCUGUCAGUGCUGUGCCAGGCGGGGCCGCUGCAGGCGUCCACUCAGCACGUGGUGCUGCUUGUUGAGCCUGGCCCUCUGGAGGAUGUGCAGUGCCAGCCUGAGGCCACCUUCUUGGCCCUGAACUGGAUGGUGCCCGCCAGGGAUGUGAGCACCUGUCUGGUGAUGGCAGAGAAGCUGGCGGCAGGAGGGAAUGCUCACCUUGUGUUCCAGGCCGACACCUCCAAAAAUGCAGUCCUGUUGCCCAGCCUGGUGCCUGUCACUUUCUAUCGCCUCAGCCUCGCCGUGCUGGGCAGGAACGGUCUGUGGAGUCGGGCGGUCACUCUGGCGUGUUCCACUUAUGCCGAGGCUUGGCAUCCCCCAGCGUUAGCCCCGGCCCCUGAGCUGGAGCCUGGGACAGAAAUGGGAGCGAUGAUCCCACGGGGUAUGUUUGGCAAGGAUGAUGGACAGAUCCGGUGGUAUGGCAUCAUUGCCACCACCAACAUGUCACUGCCUCAGCCUUCCUGGGAAGCCAUCAACCACAUGUGGCAUGACCACUACUACAGAGGACAUGACUCCUACCUGGCCAUCCUGCUCCCCAACCCCUUCUAUCCGGAGCCCUGGGCUGUGCCGAGAUCCUGGACAGUGCCUGUGGGUACAGAGGACUGUGGCCACACCAAAGAGAUAUGCAACGGGCAGCUCAAGCCAGGUUCCCAGUAUAGGUUCAGUGUUGCAGCCUUUACCAGGUACAGCCCUCCCAAGACCAUUAACUCCUUCCCAGCCUUCUCGGAGCCCCGGGCCAGUGUCUCCCCCGCAGCAGUGCCACUGCCGGUAGUGGAGGGCCUCGUGGUGGGCUGUGUCCUCACCAUCUGUGCUGUGCUGGGCCUGCUGUGCUGGAGGCGGGUGAAGGGGCAGAGGGCAAGGAAGAAUCCAUUUUCCCAAGAGCUGACAGCUUACAACCUGUGGACCCACCGGCCCAUCCCUAUCCACAGCUUCAGGCAGAGCUAUGAGGCCAAGAGUGCUCACGCACACCAGGCUUUCUUUUUGGAAUUCGAGGAGCUGAAGGAGGUGGGCAAGGAGCAGCCCAGCCUGGAGGCUGAGUACGCUGCCAACACCACAAAGAACCAUUACCCACAUGUGCUAUCCUAUGACCACUCCAGGGUCAGGCUGACCCAGCUGGAGGGAGAGCCUCACUCUGACCACAUCAACACCAACUUCAUCCCAGUAAGGGCCACCGGUGAGGCUGUCCAUGGGAUCUGGGAUCUGCUCGGGAGAUGGGCUGGUUUGCAGGCCACACUGGCCUUCUAUCUUGUUGUUUUCAUUAGGGUUUUUCUUGUCCCUUUGGGGUGGGACCGGGACGGGGUGGUGUCUCUAAAGUCAGCCCUCCUGGUUUGCAUUCUGGGUGCACACGUGUUCGUGUGUUGCACACAUGUAAGUGUGUGCACAGCAUCCUCACUCCUGGAGGUCAAAUGUUGGAAAUCUGCUGUGUGCUUGACACCAAACAUCGCCCGUUACCAUGUUCCUGACCUCUGCCCCCUACACCCCAGGGCUACACCAGCCCACCCACAGGAAUUCAUUGCCUCUCAGGGGCCUCUCAAGAAAACACUGGAGAACUUCUGGCGGCUGGUGCAGGAGUAGCAGGUCCGCAUCAUCAUCAUGCUGACCAUCAGCAUGGAGAACGGGAGGGUGCUGUGUGAGCAUUACUGGCUGAACGACUCUACGCCGGUCACCCAUGGUCACAUCACCAUCCACCUCCUAGCCGAGGAGCCUGAGGAUGAGUGGACCAAGCGGGAAUUCCAGCUGCAGCACGUUGUCCAGCAACAGCAGCGGAGGGUGGAGCAACUGCAAUUCACCACCUGGCCCGACAACAGCAUCCUCGAGGCCCCCAGCCCCCUGCUUGCCUUUAUGGAGCUGGUAUAGGAGCAGGCAAGGGCCACCCAGGGCAUGAGACCCAUCCUGUUGCACUGCAGUGUGGGCAUGGGCCAGACAGGCACCUUCGUGGCCCUGUCGAGGCUGCUGCAGCAGCUGGAGGAGGAGCAGAUGGUAGAUGUGUUCCAUGCUGUGUAUGCACUCCAGAUGCACCGGCCCCUCAUGAUCCAGACCCUUAGCCAGUAUGUCUUCCUGCACAGCUGCCUACUGAACAAGAUUCUGGAAGGGCCCUUCAACAUCUCUGAGUCUUGGCCCAUCUAUGUGACGAACUUCCCGCGGGCGUGUGCCAAGAGGACAGCCAAUGCCAGCGCUGGCUUCUUGAAGGAGUACGAGCUCUUGCUGCAGGCCAUCAAGGACGAGGCUGGCUCUUCCGCACCCCUGCCUGGCUAUGAGCAGGACAGCCCCGUCUCCUACGACCGUUCUCAGGGGCAGUUUUCUCCAGUGGAGGAGAGCCCCCCUGACGACAUGCCCGAAGCCUGGCUCUUCCCUGGUGGGCCUUCUGGCUGUGAUCAUAUGGUGCUGACUGGCCUCGCAGGGCCAGAGGAGCUCUGGGAGCUGGUGUGGCAGCACGGGGCUCAUGUGCUUGUCUAUCUGUGCCCACCCGAUGCCAUGGAGAAGCCACAGGAAUUCUGGCCAACAGAGAUGUAGCCCGUAGUCACAGACAUGGUGAUGGUGCACUGGGUGGCAGAGAGCAGCACAGUGGGCUGGCUCUGUACCCUUUUCAGGGUCACACAUGGGGAGAGCAGGAAGGAAAGGGAGGUGCAGAGACUGCAGUUUCCAUACCUGGAGCCUGGGCAUGAGCUGCCAGCCACCACCCUGCUGCCCUUCCUGGCUGCUGUGGGCCAGUGCUGCUCUCAGGGCAACAGCAAGAAGCCCGGCACGCUGCUCAGCCACUCCAGCAAGGGUGCAACCCAGCUGGGCACCUUCCUGGCCAUGGAGCAGCUGCUGCAGCAGGUAGGGUCUGAGUGCACCAUGGAUGUCUUUAACGUGGCCCUGCAGCAGUCUCAGGCCUGUGGCCUUAUGACCCCAACGCUGCAGCAGUAUAUCUACCUCUACAACUGUCUGAACAGUGCGCUGGCAGACGGGCUGCCCUGA